AUUAGAUAGCAGUCUGAGAGGAAAGGUUCCCGCCAGUGUCCCCACCCCGUGACAGGACGGGCAAGAAGCCAGCGCGGCAGAGCCGGGACUUCAUCUCCCAUGGUGCUCUGUUAUACGGCGCCACAUGACUGAGGAGGAAGAGGAAGGAGACGGCUGCUAGUGCCCGGCUACACUACGCGGGAGUCUGGCUGCAGCUCCGUGCGGUAUCUACCUGCCGCCAUUAGCAGUGGCAUCGCUCGGAGUCGGUGCCCAUGUGUUAGCCUAUGAUAAUAAGUGGCUCUUAGUACUGUGUCUGGAAUUACUGUAGGUGGGUGCAGGGCAUCAUUGCCCACAAUACCAUGCUGUGACUUUGCUGCUUCUCUCCGAUUUUGGCAGAAACUCCUCAAUAUUCUGCUUUAUUACUAUAUAGGACUGUUUGCAGUAUGGACCAUGUGGCAGAGGAGCCUGGGGCAUCACAGCAUGACAGUGCAGCUAGCACAGUGAAAUGCCCAGUGUGUGCCCUGGAGGUGCCAGAUUCAGAAAUCAAUGCCCAUCUGGACACCUGCCUCCAAGUGCCAAGCGGAGUGACAGCCAAGAAGAGGCGUCUUUCCCCACAGGAGGUUGAUGCCCCUGACGGCGCUCGUAGCCCAGGGAGGCUUCUGGGAUUGGGAAGCGCCAGCUUCCCUUUAUUCGAUAAACACAGGGUCGGUGAGCGGGCACCUGACGUAACGCCAUCCAAGGCUCCUUUCUUUAAUGUAGCGUCAUCCAAAAGGCCAGAGGCUAAGCAGAACAUAAGUGCCGCCUCAGCUUGUGAAGGCCAGAAUCAAGAACAUUUUCCGAAUCAUCAGCCACCGUCUGGGAACAACCAGAAAGACCAGAACUUGGCGGAGAAAUUAGACGGCAAACCUCUGGCCGACAGAAUGAGACCGUGCACCUUGGAGGACUUUAUGGGCCAAAACAAGGUCGUAGGGGAGAACACCAUGCUCCGAACCCUGCUCCAGGCCAACGACAUCCCGUCUUUCAUACUUUGGGGGCCUCCUGGUUGUGGCAAGACAACUUUGGCCCACAUUAUUGCCAAGAAUUCCAACAAAAGCAGCACACGGUUUGUAACACUAUCUGCAACCAGCGCCAACACAAAUGAUGUUCGGGAAGUCAUUAAGCAAGCCCAAAAUGAGCUUAAACUUUUCAAGAGAAAAACUAUCCUUUUUGUAGAUGAAAUUCAUCGCUUCAACAAGACCCAGCAGGACACUUUUCUCCCACACGUUGAAGUGGAAACUAUCACUCUUAUUGGAGCAACAACAGAGAAUCCCUCAUCUCCAGUAAACACUGCGCUGCUGUGCCGUUGCAGAGUGAUAGUUCUGCGAGAGCUCUCUGUUGAAGCGAUGGAGGCUAUCUUGAGACGAGCUGUGCACUCCUUGGGCAUCAGGUUCUGCAGGAGAAUGAACAGGCUGAGUGCGGUGGCAGGAUCGAUACCUCUGAGUAAAUGCCAAAUGUAUAUAGAGGCGAAAGCAUUAACAACUUUAGCACAUCUUUGUGACGGUGAUGCCAGAACGGGACUGAAUGGCUUGCAGUUGUCUGUUCAGUCUAGACUUGCUUCAGGGCCACAUUCAGAAAUGGAGGGAAUGAUUAUAAAGGAAGAGCACAUUAAGGAAGGCUUACAGCGCUCUCAUAUUCUCUACGAUCGAGCAGGAGAAGAGCACUACAACUGUAUAUCUGCUCUUCACAAGUCAAUGCGUGGAUCAGAUCAGAAUGCUUCCCUGUAUUGGCUUGGCCGAAUGCUCGAAGGUGGAGAGGACCCACUUUAUGUGGCUAGGCGCCUUGUAAGAUUCGCAAGUGAAGACAUAGGACUAGCGGAUCCUCUGGCAUUACCUCAGGCAGUAUCCGCCUAUCAAGCCUGCCAUUUUAUCGGAAUGCCGGAAUGUGAUGUAAUACUGGCUCAGUGUGUCAUGUAUUUGGCCCGUGCCCCAAAAUCAGUUGCAGCCUACGGUGCAUACAGCAAGGUAAAGGCGCACUUAAAGAACUAUAAGGGGCCUUUACCACCAGUCCCCCUCCAUUUGCGGAAUGCACCAACAAAGCUAAUGAAGAAUUUGGGUUAUGGAAAAGGAUACAAAUAUAAUCCCAUGUACAGUGAACCAGUCAAUCAAGAUUAUCUGCCUCCAGAAGUGAAAGGCGUUAGAUUUCUUUGAAAGAGAUCUGUUUAUACUAUAUUUAUUUUUAUAAACAUAUGUUUUUUUUUGUGUUCCUAACUGAGAAACAGAAUAUAGUUUAAGUGGUUAUCUGGAACUUAAAGGGGUUGUCCCACAAAAAAAAUAAUUCUACAGUUUUCAAACCAGCACCUGAAUCAGAAUACUUUUAUAUUUGCAUGUAAUUAAAAAU